AUGGCGCCCGUACCCGAUGGAGCGACCGCAAACGGUCAAACGAAGCACAAAGUCGUCAUCAUCGGCUCCGGUCCCGCUGGUCACACUGCCGCCAUCUAUCUCGCACGUGCCAAUCUGGAGCCGGUCCUCUUCGAGGGUCUCCUCGCCAAUGGCCUCGCGCCGGGUGGACAACUGACCACCACUACGGAUGUGGAAAACUUUCCCGGCUUUCCCGACGGUAUUCGUGGACCCGAGAUUAUGGACAAAUUUCGAGCUCAAUCGGAGCGAUUUGGGACAAAGAUCUACACCGAGACGAUUUCCAAGGUCGAUCUCUCCGAAAGGCCGUUCAAAUUUUGGAGAGAGGGCAAGGAAGCAGAGCCUGCUGAGCUGGCGGAUACCAUCAUCAUGGCUACUGGUGCAUCUGCAAGAAGAAUGAACUUGAAGGGCGAAGAUGUGUACUGGCAGAGCGGUAUCAGUGCGUGCGCAGUGUGUGAUGGCGCCGUUCCCAUCUUCCGUAACAAGCCUCUCGCUGUGAUCGGCGGUGGAGACAGCGCAGCGGAAGAGGCCACGUACUUGACCAAGUAUGGUUCCCACGUCUAUGUUCUCGUCAGAAGGGACGAGCUGCGCGCUUCCAAGAUCAUGGCGAAGAGAUUGGUCAACCACCCAAAGGUUACUGUGCUGUUCAACCACGUGGCGACCGAAGCAAAGGGUGACGGCGAACUUUUGAACGCACUUGCCAUCAAAAAUACCAAGACUGGAGAGGAGAAGGACCUGCAAGUCAACGGUCUCUUUUAUGCAGUAAGUACACAUGCGCAGUGCUCUCAAAUGGUUGUCGUUUCGCUGAACGAGUCGUCACUCUCCAGAUCGGUCACGACCCAGCGACGAACCUCGUCAAGGGUCAGGUGGAAUGCGACGCAGAUGGCUACAUUGUCACCAAGCCUGGCACCGCUCAGACGAGCAUUAAGGGUGUCUUUGCAGCUGGAGAUGUGCAGGACAAGAAGUACCGCCAAGCCGUCACAUCGGCGGGAUCAGGCUGGUGGGUGUUGUCGAGAUCUUGACGAGCACAAGGUGUUGAGCUGACCCUUCUUUUAUUUGGCUGUCGGCACAGCAUUGCUGCCCUCGAAGCCGAACGAUUGCUUGCCGAAGAAGAGGAGGAGGCGGCAUAA